GUUUGCGUCUGGAGCCGUAGUGGGAAGUGGGCUCACCGAGGAGGGGUUUUUCUCGCGGCGAGAGCCGUUCUCCUACCUUCACUGUGGAUGUACACGCAGCUUUAACCCCUGCAGCCUUCGGCCCGAUCCCUCGACUGCCUGUCUGCCCCGGGGGUUCUCAGGUCUCCGAGCACCCGGGACGGGAGCCCUGGGCCGACCCCUCCGGCGGGGGAGCGAACGUUUCCUUCCUCAGUGCACAAGCUCCACGCACACGCGCGCACACGCACUCACGCGCGGAGCCGGAUCGCCCUUCGCGGCGCCGCAGCUAGCGCCCCCCUGCGCUCAGCAUCCCCGGCCCCGCGCGCCUCGGACCACCAUGGAGGUGCUGGAAAGCGGGGAGCAGAGCGCCCUGCAGUGGGACCGCAAGCUGAGCGAGCUGUCAGAGCCGGGGGACCCCGAGGCUCUCACGUACCCCACGCACUUCUCAGAACUCCUGGAUGAGUUUUCCCAGAACGUCUUGGGUCAGCUGCUGAAUGACCCUUUCCUGUCAGAGAAGAGUGUGUCGAUGGAGGUGGAGCCAUCCCCAACAUCCCCAGCCCCUCUCAUCCAGGCCGAGCACAGCUAUUCUCUGAGUGAGGAGCCGCGGGCCCAGUCACCGUUCACCCACGUUACCAACAGUGACAGCUUCAAUGAUGAUGAAGUGGAGAAUGAGAAAUGGUACCUGUCUACCGAAUUUCCUUCAACCACCAUCAAGACCGAGCCGAUUACGGAGGAGUCCCCCCCAGGACUUGUUCCCUCUGUCACUCUGACCAUCACAGCCAUCUCCACCCCGUUUGAAAAGGAGGAACCUCCUCUGGAAAUGAAUACUGGGGUUGAUUCCUCGUGCCAGACAGUCAUCCCUAAGAUUAAGCUGGAGCCUCACGAAGUGGAUCAGUUCCUAAACUUCUCUCCCAAAGAAGCCUCCGUGGACCACCUGCACCUGCCGCCCACCCCUCCCAGCAGCCACAGCAGCGACUCAGAGGGCAGCCUGAGCCCCAACCCGCGCCUGCACCCCUUCGGCCUGCCUCAGACCCACAGCCCAGCCAGAGCGGUGCCGCGGGCCCCCUCGGCCCUCUCCAGUUCCCCGCUUCUCACGGCGCCUCAUAAACUGCAGGGCUCAGGCCCACUGGUCCUGACAGAGGAGGAGAAGAGGACACUGGUGGCCGAGGGCUAUCCCAUCCCCACCAAGCUGCCCCUGACAAAAUCAGAGGAGAAGGCCCUGAAGAAAAUCCGGAGGAAAAUCAAGAACAAGAUUUCUGCACAGGAGAGUAGGAGAAAGAAGAAGGAGUACAUGGACAGCCUGGAGAAAAAGGUGGAGUCUUGUUCAACGGAGAAUUUGGAGCUUCGGAAGAAGGUCGAGGUCCUGGAAAACACCAACAGGGCUCUCCUCCAGCAGCUGCAGAAGCUGCAGACUCUGGUGAUGGGCAAGGUUUCUCGCACCUGCAAGUUGGCGGGCACGCAGACUGGCACCUGCCUCAUGGUGGUUGUGCUGUGCUUUGCCGUGGCGCUCGGCAGCUUCUUCCAGGGCUACGGGCCCUAUCCUUCCGCCACCAAGAUGGCCCUGCCCAGCCAGCAUUCCCUGCCGGAGCCGUACACAGCCUCCGUGGUGAGAUCCAGGAACCUGCUCAUCUACGAGGAGCAUUCUCCCCUGGAGGAGCCGUCCAGCCCCGCCUCGGCCGGGGAGCUUGGCCGCUGGGACAGAGGCUCCUCCCUGCUCAGGGCGUCGGGGCUGGAGUCCAGGCCGGACGUGGAUCUUCCCCAUUUCAUUAUCUCGAAUGAGAGCAGCCUGGAGAAGGCAGUGCUGUGGGAGCUCCAGCAGCACCUGGCCGGCGCCAAACUGGAGGGGAACGAAACACUCAAAGUUGUCGAACUCGACAGGAGAGUGAACGCCACCUUCUGAGAGGCCGUCUCCACCACCCUCUCUCUCUCGGCUCUGCUUUUACUUCCCCAAACCACCUUUGUUACAAGCUUUUCCUUUUUCCCACCCAACACGGAUGAAGACAUGGACGAGCAGUGGAGCAGUCGUGGCUUUGGCUGGGAGGACAGCCUGUGAUUCCCACCUGCGGUGAGAGCCCUCCCCCUGCAGCCCCGAGGCCCUCCCUGCUAAGGGAGCCGGAUCCCUCUCUCCCUUUCGCUUCCUGCCUUAGGGAAUUACGUUAGGGUCAGGCACGGGACAAGUGGGCUUGUUUCUACCAAUGAUCGUGCUGCAAAUCUACAGCCUGGCUCUCACCAGGGGUGUGACCACCUCUUUGAAGAUGACUCUUAUUCGUUGGAGACCCCACACUCUGGCCAUAACGAGCCUAGGAUGCCUGUUGGGAUCUGGUGAAGCAGUGACUGAUGUCCCGCCUCCCUCAGCCUGGUCUCCGGUGUGUCCGUGUCCGCCCCGUCAGCCCCGGAAGUGCCAGUGUGUCCAGUGAGCGCCCCGCCACUCUGCUCUGUCCAAGCCCUCUAGCCCUUGCCUGUGGUCCUGGCUCUGGGCCAGGGCCCCUCACAUUCUCAGGCCGCAAGUGCAAUGCCUGAAGGAAUCAGGCUUCUCUACUCCAGGCGAACCUGCCCGUCUUGUUGCUUGUAGGACUUCUCCAUAACCUGUGUUCCCUCACCCAUAGAUCCGCCUCCUGGCUUCUCCUCCCCAUUUGUAAAUAGUAUUUAUUAGCUUGCGAGGCUUCCCGCUAGCAACCGCUGAAGAGAUCCUCCCGCCAAGCCUGCCAGGUCUUGGGUUGGACUUGGGCGCCAGGAGGGCAGCCUAGGCUCUGGGAUUCCCAGUCCUCCAGGCCCCGUUUCAUUUCCUUUUCUUCUCUGUUCCUGGAGGCCUAUCACUGUAGGUGGGAAACCCUUGUAAGCAUGUUCUCCCUAAGAAUGAACUCGAGGAAAGAUGGCUUACGCUUGUGAUCUGUGGCCAGACCCUUUGUUGUCCUGUGCCCAGAACAGAGCGGGGAAGGCCUGUCCUGACAACAGGCGUGUCGGACAACCUUGCUAGCAUGUCUCUCCACACCUGCUCCUGGCCCUCCUCCGCACCUCCCCCCACCCCCACUUUUACCCCCCACUUCUGCCUCAACACAGGGGUUGGGCCUGAGGUCUGCUCCGGGGGUCGGAGCAGGUGACAUUGUUAUCUACAGUCUUACCUUUUAUAGUCAGGUUUGGCUACUUUGCAGCUCACCCAAAGAGACGUAACCCCCACAACCUACUUUAUUAUUAUUUUUUUAAUGAUUAAAGUAACUUUUGUAGUUUUAAAAAAAUCUUUCCUCUUUCAUACAGAUAAGACAUGAAGUUGCCUUUUUAUUGUAUAGUGUAGAAAGUUUGCCUUAAGUGUUUUCCCCUAGCUUGUAAAAGAAUUAGCUUACAUUUUGUAUUUUUGUUUUUAGUAGAAGCUGAAGGGCCUUUAGCUUUAACUCCUCUCUCUCUCUCUCUCUCUCUCUCUCUCUCUCUCUCUCUCUCUCUUCCACACUGUCAUUAGAACCUGUACUUAAGAGGAUCAAGCCCACAGCUGGGCCUUUUCCCCAUCCCGUACAGGAUUUGGUGUCAUUAACAUUGGCCAUCAUAUCUCGUAAGCAGAUCUGUUUGUCUGUCCAGGUGCAUCUGGGGCUCACUGUCAGGGACUCCUGUGUGUCCCUGCUAUGAUGGAGAGUAUUCCAGACCGGGGGAUGGCCAAGUUCAUCUUCUCCGCAGUGUGUGAACGCGGGGUCAGGACUGCAGUGGUCCUGGUGGCCCUGCCAGCCCUUUGCACAGUUCUAGCUGCCCUUUACACUGGCCAGGGAGGGCUGGGACCCUCUGGGCUGUGCCUCCGGCUCCAGCUUCUCUCUACUUCCUUCUCUCCUUUCCUUCUGCUCUGGAUUCUCCGGGCUUGACUGGUGUCUGAUAACCGUGGCUCACCACCUACCCAUCCCUUUCUGUAAAAUGUUGUGUAAUGAUCAGGCAUAGGCAGCCUGGGGGGCCCAAGAAGGGAAAAAGGAUUAACUCAAAUAGUAUUUGAAUGAUGCAAAAGGAAAGGUUCAUAGUUAAGGGCAGAAGUGUGAGAAUGGCUCAGCCUACCCACCUGUUGCACCAGCACCAAAUGGGGUUUUUAAGGCUCCUAAACCAGCCAGCAUGGGCACCUGCUUGUGUGAGUGAGGAGGGCGAGGGGAAGGGGCAGCACACUGGGAGCCGUCCUUAGAGCCUUGAGGAUUUCAUUCUCUCCCUUGCCCACUCCCCCUUCACAUCACUCUCUCCAGUGCAUAGGUCAUGUGUCAUAGAGAUGUAACUUGAAACCUAUGUGAUCAGAUUAACCAGUGUCACCCCAAUAAAUUUAAUAAAAAUAAAUGCAAACAAAUGGCUACACACUCUGCCCAAACCUCUGUCCAGCAGGGCAUUCUCUCUGAGAAACCGUUCUUCCGAUGAGAAUCUGUCACUAGAGACGGGACAUCAGCUGAGAGAUCAAAUGGCCACUUUAAGGGGUUCCCAGAACUAAUAUUGCUGUUGUGUUGAAAAACCUCUGCCCUCCACUCCCUGCUUUGGGGAGUAAAGGAGAUGAACCACGCUUUUAGGAGGAUGUAAGGGGGUCAGGAGACAAGAGGAGUUGGAUAGUAGUAGAUGGGUCCCACAUAAUUCUGUCCCGGGGUAAGCCCCGUUGUUUCCCCCACAGAGUGGUCUGCAGACCGGUCAGCCCUGGUGAGCCCUGGUGAUUUCAAAUAGUGGCAAGCGCUCGCUUCUGAAUUUCAGUUUUGGAAAACAUGACACUGUUAGUGCAACCAUAAAGCACAGAAAGUAAAUACCUCGCUUGUACAGAUGUUAAUUCUAUUUCUCAUCAUGCAAACAGCUUUUCCGCUCCCCUUUCUUUGAUUUCCCCCAUUGAGGGAGAUUGUUACAAAUGAUCAGAGAACAAGUCCCUGUUUCCUGGAUGAGACCCCAGUGACCCACACUCCCCAGCGUGGUUCUCGACUUUGCACUCAGAAACGGAUACCGACAAUGAAAGGCCUCGGUGCGGUUUUGGGAAGGAGUCCCCGUGAAGUGUUGGGACCCGAGGCCUCAUGCGCAUGCAGUGCACGUCUCAUAGCUGAAUUGCGUUGCUCCUUCAGGGCAUCAGGUGAAGUGAGGUUCGACCCCGGUGCAGGCACAAUGAGAUGACCCGUUGGUUUAUACCAAUGGCUUUGAUUUGGAGACUUGAUUUGUGGAUUGUAAAAGCAGCUUUUACAUCAAGUUAUUUACCAGCCAAGUAUAAAUACCACAUUUUUUAAUUCCUAAAUCUCUCAGUGUAGCCUGGAUGCCAAAAGAAGGCUGUUAAUCUCAUGUGCCCGUGGAAUAGGAGUAUUGAUUGGUUCGUCUCUACUGAGGCAGUGAGUCGGAAUCCAGAAUUUUUUCCCCCAAGUGUUUUAUGAUGAACUGUCAGCACUUCAUGGCUCCUUCCUCCCAUGUUCUCAGAUCGAGCAAAACCACAAAGACCAGACCCGCCUCUCAGGGCCCGCUCCUCUGAACACACCUGUCCCGUGAGCGUGCAUUUGAGCACGCCGCACAAAGAGACAUCCUGAGAGGAGAUGGACCAUCCACACUGGCCUUGCCGACAUGGGGAGGCUGGAGAUGGGGAGGAGGCUUGCAGCCUCCCCUGUCUGCCAGAAGGCAUUCACUUGGUUCUGUUGAGCCCAGUCUUUGAGAACCUCUAUUAGACACCAGCAUGGCUGCUUGCAGGGCCUGCAGACAGUGUGACCGUUAGCAGGUGGUGCCCCAGUGACAGGCAUUUUAUUUGAAUGCUUUUCAGUGGAGACAAUUAGGAAACAUAUGAUAGGGUCCCCCCACCCCCGUUCCCCCCUCCUCCCACCGCUGCUCACGAGGGCAGUAUAGGAGAGAGCAGGGGGCUGUGAAAUUGGGGCAGUGAAGGAGCCAGAGACAGAUUUUAGAUUCUUUCUUUCUUUCUUUCUUUCUUUCUUUCUUUCUUUCUUUCUUUCUUUCUUUCUUUCUUUCUUUCUUUCUUUCUUUCUUUCCUUUCAUCAUUCCUUCCCUCCUGAGGAACAGAGCUGCACAAGGCCCUGGGGAGUGAGGGAGGCUAGGAAAGAUCAUUAAUCAGUAGCUAUUCAAACACACAAGUGCUAGGAUUCUUAUUCUCUCUCUCUCUCUCUCUCUCUCUCUCUCUCUCUCUCUCUCUCUCUCUCUCAUUCCUUCCUUGUCUUAAGACACUCAUUUGUGCCUUACAUGUGCCUUAGAGAUGAGCCCAGGAUUACCGAGGGCUCUCAUCCUUGGGAGACUUUAUUUAUAGCCUUGUAUAUUAGGUUGACGUGUGUGGGAGAGAAAUAACUUUUUCUAAAGGCUCAAAAAUGGUUUCCUACAAGUGAGCAAUAAUAAGAUUUGUACAUCAGGAGAAAAGAGGCAGAGUUAUGUCCAUUAGAAAAUCCCAUUUUGUGGAGGUGCAAUUAUAUCUAAGAAUGGCCAACUGGGAUUAAAGGUAUUAUAAAUCCAAAGAGCAGAACAUUUUCUCGAUGCGAAGGAACCUGGCCCAUUUGGGGAUUAAUGCGUGAUGCCUUCACGGCCAGAGGGUCAGCACUGAGUGCAGGCAAAGUCCACGUGUUGUCUCCUUUGGUCAUUUUGGGCGGCCUAGACUUCAGGAAUGCUUUCUUUUCUCUUGGAUUCGAGAAGGAAGGGAAAAAAUAUUUCUUGAGCACUUAUUAAGUGCUGGGUGCUGUGCUAAAUAAGCUUCAAGUCUUUUCAUUUUAUAGACAGAGUAAACAAGGGCAACUGGUUACUCUGAGCUGGAUAAACAGCUGAGGGGUAUUGGAAGUGCAACAGUGUGAGCAGAUUCUGUGAUGUGAACACACUGUAAACGUGUAAGUUCUCUGGGUGGGACGCACAGCGCUGCUCGCUGCACGGGCCCCCUGAGCAAGUCCAGUUCCUUGCCUCAUGCUGGCGCUGUCCACCAGGUGGUCCUCGCCUGUCUUUUUCAUCCAAUCUUCUGCGAGUUCCAGCGCACGAGCUUGACAUCCUAAAAACAAAUAAAACGGGUUUCUCUGCUCCUGUCCUUUGUUCAUCAGCUGGGAGAGAACAUGAACUUUGAGCACCAUGGACCUACAAUGCUUAGAAAAUCUCUCUUUCAGGUAAAACGCUUUAUGAGUCUGUGGAAGACACCAGCAUUCUGACAAAUUGUGAGUGACCCUUUUUAAACAACACUGAGCAGACCCUGAACUGUAUAGCUUUCAUGUCUGUACUGACAACUGGGCUUGCCUCUCGUUUGUAACAGGUUGUGUAGACCAGCGGUGUUUAAGUCUAAAGACAUUGCAAGUCUAUUAUCUGUUGUAUCGUGCUGUUCUUUUCAAUGACUUUUUAUUCUUUAUCAUAGCUAAGCAAAUACCAAAAAUAUAAAUGCUUUGUAACUUGUACUUAGUUUGGGGGGAAAAAACACGAAUUGAAAUUGUUAUGCUUUUGUAUUUCCAUUUCUUGCAAAUAAAAAUAUUUUUUUUCCUUAAAUAGUAAA